UAGCAGCUAGAUACACACUUGAACAAUUUUUCAGAGACGCCUGUUUUGUUGAUCAAUAAAAUGUUAAUGUAAAUUGUGCUAGUGAAACUUAAUACAAACAAUGCAUUUGUUAUUCGUAUUUGUGUCCUGUUUGGCUUUUGCUAGCUGCAGCGUAUUUAACCUACAUUUACAGGCAAAUGUGGGAGAACUUUUCACAUUCAAAAUCGAGCCGCAACUUUUCAAUUGGACCCAUCAAGUAAUUAGUGAACAAUUUCGCUAUAGACCCUCGCUGCAGCAUUAUCCCGACUUGCCUACUUGGAUGCGCUAUAUGUAUAGCCACGAAUAUCAUGCGGGCUUUCUCUAUGGCACGCCCCCAAUUUCGACGGCUGGAAAAAGUCUGAAUCUCGAUGUGAUUGCAUUGAAUAGGCAAAAUUAUGAAACUCGUCAACUGGUCAUUUCGAUGUUUGUGGCCCAUAAAUUUAUAACUCCAAAUGUGGUUCAGAUGAAAAUAGAUAAUUUGAAUUGGGUGCACUUGAUGGAUCCGGGACGUGUGGAGAACCUACGCAACAUAUUCCGCAAGGAUCUCUGGCCGGACAGCAAAGACGAUUUGAGUGUAAUUUUCAUGGAAUCUGCCAUUAAUAUGGGCGGGCGUUUGCCCCUGCGGCCACAGCAACGAGAGGGCGUCAUAGUGCACGUGGGCAGCUUUGCUCAGUUUUCGCCGCGUCUCAAGGAGCUGCAGGAGGAAGUGCGCCCACUGUAUAAGUUGCCCUCUUGCACAUACAAACGAACCUCCGUGCAAAAGAUCUUCGAAAAUGUUGGCUUCAAGCUGGAUUGGUGCGCCUUUAAGAUGAUCGGCAUCGAAUCCCCCACCGAGGUGCUCUAUCAUAAUAACCAUGGGCGGGUCAAGGAGCAGCUCAAAGAGCAUCGACAACAGCAGCUGCAACGGGAACAGGAACGCUGGCUGGGCAUACCACGCGAAGAUGUGCCCAUGCGUAAUUAUAUUGAUGAAUUCGCCUUCGCCUUUGCCAUCCCGGGCAUGAUCUUUGCCGUCCUCGUUGGCAUAUUGUCGGCUGUGCUCUGCUUUCAGCAUCAGAAAUUUUACGAUCCGCAAUCUGAGUUAUUCUUUGCAAAUAUUUUUAAUAUAUGCGAAGAGUCCUGUGCUCCAAUGCCCAACGAUUCGGAUGUUGAGGAGGACAGCUCUGUUCACAUAGACUAUCCUAUGUCGUCCACUGUGCAAAUGGUUCAGUGCUCAGACACGAAGCCCAUGCAGCCGGUGACAACGCUGAAAAGCCUCAAGGAUCCCAAUUUUCUGCUAGACAAUACCAGCAUGCGUUCACAAAGUCCAAACAAUAGUUUAUAUCAGUUGGAAUCGGGUGCCACUGGCAUCUAUGCCCGUCCCAAGCCUCCGCCGUAUAAGGGCGGCACUUUGGGUCGUAAUGGCGUGGACAUUUGACAAACAUCGCCGCGAGUGCUCUAUUGCUAAAGGCGCUUCAUAUAAAUCAAAAAGCAAUACACAACGAAAACGCAACUACAAUUACCACUUGGAGCACAAUUCACGUAUAUAUCACUAGUUGUGCAUAUCAUAACCGCAUCGAAUAAUGCAUAUAUAUCAAUUAUCUUACAUUAUGCA